UUAGUUUCUAUCAUAAUUUGAUUUGAUUUUUUUUGUACAAUAGUUUUGUGAAAUAAACUUUUAAAAAAAAGUCGCAAUUAAUUAUAUAAUAAUAAUAAUAAACUUAAUAACUAAACGCUUCGGGCGGCGCCGAAUAUGCAGUCCAUAUGGACACUGAUGUUGACCGCACUGACAGCGGGUGCGGUUUCAAGCAGUGGACAACAACAACAACAAUACAUAAGCUCUAGUGAACGGCAUUUUAAGGUCAAUUCAACCGAUUGCUAUCCGACUGGCAAGGAUUCAGUCUAUGGCUAUCAAUUUCAGACCAUCGAUGGCCAACGUAAUGUAUCAAUUGGCGACUACCGAAACUAUACCCUAUUGGUGGUCAAUGUGGCCACCUACUGAGGCUAUACCUAUACCUAUCCUCAAUUGAAUGCACUCAAACAACAAUUUUCAAAUAAACUAUUCGAGAUUAUAGCCUAUCCAUGCAAUCAAUUUGGCAAACAAGAACCGGGCGGUUCGGGUCGGGAAAUACUUAACGGUAUUCGUUAUGUACGUCCGGGCGAUAAUUUUCAGCCAAACUUUAUGAUGUCUAAGAAAGUCGAAGUCAACGGUCUUAAUGAGGAACCGAUAUAUUCAUAUCUUAAAAGAGCCUGUCCGACAACACAAUCGGAUUUUAGUGAUCGGGAAAAACUAUUUUACGACAAACUACAUGAGCGAGACGUGCGCUGGAAUUUUGAAAAAUUUUUAAUACACCCGACCACUGGACAGCCAACCAAACGGUAUCACGCGGGACGUGAACCCAGAUUUUUAGCCCAAGAUAUCAUGGAUAUAGCUAUGAAUAGGACAACCAUAGGUACAUCAACCACAACAACAACAGCUUCAACACUAAACUCUAUUAAUAAUUAAAAAUUAUAUAUAUUUAUAGUUUUAAAUUUUAAAAAAAAAUUAUAUAAUUGUUUUUUUAGUUUUUAAAUGAUUUUUUUGUUUUUUUUGGGGAUAAAUUUGAUGCACAAAAACAAUGAUGAAUUGAUCCAAAAGACUUGAUAAAAGUUGGGAUCAAUUUUGAUGGACAAUAACAACGACAGGCAAUAGAUUUUUAAUAGUUUUUUUUUUGAUAAUUAUAGUUAUAAUAACUUUUAAAAAAAUUUAACAUCAAAAAUGAGUGCAUUCAUUAUUAUAGUUAUAUUUUAUCAAAAAAAUUGUCUAUUAUUUUGUCGUUAUUGUGUAUUAGUUUAUUUUCAAAGAAAAUAAAAACAUUUAAUUAUUACACAAAAAAAAUUUAUAAUAUAUUUUUGUUUGUUUGUUAA